GCCUGACACGAGACAGCCCCCUAGGUGUCUCACUUUCUCAGCGUUUGCGCGGAGCGGAGCGGAGCGCGGCGCCGGCUGCGCGUCUGCCUGCUGCUCGUCUGGCUGACUGGCUGCGUUGACGUCAGCGCCGUGUUGAUUUGCUAAGGCGAGAGAAGAAAGGAGUUAGUGCGUGUUGAGAGAGCGGGUACUGCGAACUGCCUUACUAUGCUGUAGCCCCCAAAAUCCCCCCCUCAUUCACCACACGGAAUCCAAAAAAAAAAAAAAAAAAAAAAAAAACGUGCAACUUAGGUUCCUCCUUGUUUACAAAGAUCGCUAAAAACACUGCUGAGCGGAGAAGGCAAGCCUCAUGAGUCGGCCUCGCGGAUUGCAUCGACAUAAUGGAUUUAACUAAAAUGGGUAUGAUCCAGCUCCAAAACCCCAACCACCCCACUGCCCUGCUGCAGAAGGCCAACCAGAUGCGUCUGGCUGGGACUCUGUGUGACGUGGUCAUCAUGGUGGACAGUCAGGAGUUUCACGCUCACCGGACUGUGCUAGCGUGCACCAGCAAAAUGUUUGAGAUCCUCUUCCACCGCAGCAGCCAGCAUUAUACCCUUGACUUUCUUUCACCAAAGACUUUUCAGCAGAUUUUGGAGUAUGCUUACACUGCCACGCUCCAGGCUAAGGUGGAGGACUUGGAUGACCUUCUGUAUGCAGCGGAGAUCCUCGAGAUUGAGUAUCUAGAAGAGCAAUGCCUCAAGAUCCUCGAGACCAUCCAGUCCUCGGACGAGAACGAUGUCGAGGCCAACGCUAACGACGGUAGCACAGAAGAGGACGACGAGCGCAAAGGCCACAAUGGAGCCAAGAACUCCAAAAAGCAUUCCAUGGAAAACCCCUAUCUGUCAGGUACCCAUCAAGCCUCCACCAUGGCAGGCAUGGUCGACCAGAGUCCCUCUGUCUCCACUUCCUUCGGUCUGUCCACCAUGAGUCCCACCAAAGCUGCUGUCGACAGUCUGAUGAGCAUCGGCCAGUCUCUGCUCCAGCAGGGCUUCGGCGGAGAACACCUUGCCCACGGCAACUCCCAUCAUCUAAUGCCCGAGAUCAAGACCGAAAUGAUGCAGGUCGACAUGGGCGGCAACGGCCACGACAGCCCCCAGAACAUGGAGUCCAGCGCUUCCAGCAACGGGGAGCGAAGUGGGGAGGACAGGAACCGAGACGGUCCCGGGACACCGACCAGGAGCAGUGUGAUCACCAGUGCCCGCGAGCUGCAUUACGUCCGCGAUGAAGGCAUGGGUGACCCUCAAGGUGAGGUCAGCCAGAUGGGGCUGGAAGCCAUGGCCGGAAUGACAGAGAAACAUCUGGCCUCGCUGUACUCCCUACCUGUCAAUCACAAGUCCGAUGUGAUGAUGUCCAUGCCGGCAUCCAUGGCCUCUACUCUCCCCAUGUCCCCAGCCCUGGCUAUGUCGAUGGACUUCAGUGCCUAUGGGGGACUCCUGCCACAGAGCCUCAUCCACAGAGAAUUCUUCAGCAAGCUCGGGGAGCUGGCAGCGGGCAUGAAGCCAGACAGCAGGAACCAGCACGAGCGGUGCAAUGUUUGUGGUGCAGAACUACCAGAUAAUGAAGCUGUGGAGCAGCACAGAAAGAUGCACAGUGGAAUGAAGACCUACAGCUGUGAGCUGUGCGGGAAAAACUUCCUGGACAGCCUCCGUCUGAGGAUGCAUUUGCUGUCCCAUUCAGCUGGUGAAAAGGCCAUAGUUUGUGACCAGUGUGGCGCUCAGUUCCAGACGGAAGAAUCCCUGGAGGCUCACCGGCAGAUCCACACCGGCUCGGACAUGGCCAUCUUCUGCCUGUUGUGCGGGAAGCGCUUCCAGACCCAGACGGCGCUGCAGCAGCACAUGGAGGUUCACGCCGGCGUCCGCAGCUACAUCUGCAGCGAAUGCAACCGGACCUUCCCCAGCCACACCGCACUCAAACGCCACCUACGCUCGCACACAGCAGGGGACCAUCCGUUCGAGUGCGAGUUCUGCGGGAGCUGCUUCCGGGAUGAGAGCACACUGAAGGGCCACAAGCGCAUCCACACCGGGGAGAAGCCCUAUGAAUGUAACGGCUGUGGGAAGAAGUUCAGCCUCAAGCACCAGCUGGAAACCCACUACCGCGUGCACACAGGUGAGAAGCCAUUCGAGUGCAAGCUGUGCCACCAGCGAUCCAGGGACUACUCGGCCAUGAUCAAGCACCUGCGCACCCACAAUGGCGCCUCGCCCUACCAAUGCACCAUCUGCCUGGAGUACUGCCCCAGCCUGUCAGCCAUGCAGAAGCACAUGAAAGGCCACAAGCCGGAAGACAUCCCCCCAGACUGGCGCAUAGAGAAGACCUACUUGUACCUCUGCUACGUCUGAGAGCAGGAAAGCGGGUGAAGAGAGA